CAUGACUUUUAAAGACUGACGCUUUAACAAUCUUGCUCUUCCAUGCCAACCCAAGAACUCAACACCUGCCUGCUAACAGGACACGGACGAGCACCCGAGAGAAGAGUGAGUGCACUGAGGGAAGAGAAGCGAAGGAGAAUGCUGGAGAUGACGAGCGACCCCGCCAUCAAGCUCUUCGGCAAGAAGAUCCCCCUGUCGUCCAGCGGGGAGUCGCCGGAGGCCUCCGGCGACGGCCUGGCGUCUUCGGGCGUGAAUUCGUGUGAAGACGACGAAGGUUCAGAGAAGUGUCAUUCCAUUGAAAAAGUUGCCAUGGAAGUGCAAGAAGAUGAUGACCAAGUUUCACCAGAAACUGUGAACCCCAAAACACCCUCCAUUGAGGAAGAAUAUGCUCAAUCGAAGGCCUCUGGCACUGAUCAAGAACAGGGCGAUUCGCUGAACUCGCAGGAGAAGCCCCUGAAGAAGCCGGACAAGAUCCUUCCUUGCCCGCGAUGCAACAGCAUGGACACCAAGUUCUGCUACUACAACAACUACAACGUCAAUCAGCCCCGGCACUUCUGCAAGUCCUGCCAAAGAUACUGGACUGCGGGCGGUACUAUGAGGAAUGUUCCCGUGGGAGCUGGGCGCCGCAAGAGCAAGAGCUCAGCUUCGCAUUAUCGCCACAUCACUAUCUCUGAGGCUCUUCAGGCAGUUCGAAUUGAUGCUCCGAACGGGACUCACCUCCCAAAUGGGAAGAUCAAUGGUACUGUUCUCACCUUUGGCUUAGAUCCAUCUGCCGGUGAUUCCAUGGCUGCUGUGUUGAAUCUCGACAAUAAGAAAGGAUCGGCUAUGAAUGGAGUGCGGAAUGGGUUUCAUGACUUCGGAAGGAAUGGGGUUUCGGUCCCGCAAAGGAGUGGAGAGAAGAAUGACGAUUGCUCGAGCCGAUCUUCUGUCCCAAUCUCGAACUUGACGGAUGAAGGAAAUGGGAAUCCCUAUCUGGAAGGAUCCAGUGCCAAUGGAUUCCAUCCUCAGUUUCCAUGCUUUUCGGGUGUUCCUCAGCCGUAUCCAUGGAAUCCCACGUUUCUUCCACCGCCUUUAUGUCCUUCAGGAUUCGCUGUGCCGAUUUACCCUGCAGCGCUUUGGAACUGUGGCCUCCACAAUGGUUGGAAUUUCCCUCUGUUGUCGCCUCCAAGCCAAAAGGCAUUGAAUUCAGGACUAGAUUCGCCAACUCUUGGGAAGCAUGCAAGAGAAGUCGAGAUGCUUAAAAUGGACGAAUCUGUGGAAGAAGAGCCCAGGAAACGGCAGAACGGAUGUGUCUUGGUCCCAAAGACUUUACGUAUAGAUGACCCAAGCGAGGCCGCGAAAAGUACUAUAUGGGCUACUCUGGGGAUUAAGAAGGACUGGCUAGGUAAGGACGGGUUGUUUAAGGGCUUCCAAUCAAAGGGUGAGGAGAAAAAUCACAUAUCAGAAACCGUCUCUGUUUUGUGCGCUAACCCUGCAGCCUUGUCGAGAUCUAUCAAGUUCCACGAGAGCUCUUGAGUUUGGCUCAUGAUGACUACAGGUAGAAAUAACGGCAGAAAAACAUUUGGAACUGGGAUGUCAUCUUUCUGUGGUGAUUGCAGUGACUUGCAUUGUUUAGAACAGAGAGAGGCAAGUCAUUGAUUGGCUGAGACGAGCAUAGGAAAGCGAUAGACCCUGACUCACCAGAGUUUGCAGCGAACUAGUGCUAGUGUUAACCCGUUGGGAAUGUUUCCUUUUCUUGUGUGCUAAUAAUGUUGAAUGCACGCGCUUGUACAUAACUCCUGUAAAAUAUUUGAACGAAAUGGAGGGAGCUUUUUCUGAA